GUAACGACUUGACUGUCUUUUAAAUAAGUUGUGCACAUAAAAAAGGUUAAAGUGUUUUUGUUUCACAUACAAGACGACUUAUGUAUAAACAAAUCUGAGUUCCAUGCAACAAUUACGAGAACCCUCGAGGCAUCACAAGAGGGCAGCAAACGAAGAACAACAACGGAAACGAAUCUCCCGCAUAAUCCAACAUCAUAUUCGAAUUCUUAAGAGAUUUUCGGCUCAGGUAACCGACACGACGACAGAUGAAAAGGACGAAGGACGAAAACAUAUGAAAAACACCGCUUUUACGGAAAUUGGAGACUUAUUAAACAUGGCGUCCCGAAGUCUCCACUAGCUAAAUCCUGCGCAUUUGAAAACGUCAGAUAAUACAAGGAUGAUUAUUUGACAACUGUUACUUGGAUGCUGUUUUAUCUCAGGACGAUUUAGUACUAAAGCACUAACAGUUGACUAAGGAGGACGACAAAGAAUCGACGUUUGUUCCGAAAAGAAGAAAGAAAAAAAAAACUAAAAAUAAAUAUAAAAAUGAAGUCCAUCUAAUCUCAGACAAAAAUCACAGACAAAAAGAAAAAGAUGGUGUCCUUAAUAUCGUGUUUAGUCCUAAAUUUUGUAAUCCUUUGUAAUUAUCUAUUAUUUGUUAAUUCACUUCCGGAUGUGAUAAAAAUUGGUGGAUUGUUUCAUCCAUCAGAUGAUAAUCAAGAAUUGGCUUUUAAACAAGCAGUGGAACACAUAAAUGCUGAUCGUUUAAUACUUCCGCGUUCGAAACUUGUGGCACAGAUUGAAAGAAUAUCACCAUUCGACAGUUUUCAUGCAUCGAAAAGAGUAUGCAGCCUUUUAAAUAUUGGAGUUGCGGCUAUUUUUGGACCCCAGUCCUCACACACAGCUGGACAUGUUCAAAGUAUUUGUGACACAAUGGAGGUUCCUCAUUUGGAAAACCGAUGGGACUACCGCCUUAGAAGAGAAAGUUGUCUUGUCAAUCUUUAUCCUCAUCCAAAUACUUUAUCAAAAGCAUAUGUUGACAUAGUCAAGACCUGGGGAUGGAAAACCUUUACAAUUAUUUAUGAAAACAACGACGGUCUUGUGAGACUUCAAGAACUUCUUAAGGCACAUGGACCAUCUUCAUUUCCAAUAACAGUAAGACAACUGAGUGAUACGGGUGAUUACAGACCAUUGCUGAAACAAAUCAAAAAUUCAGCAGAAGCUCACAUUGUUCUAGAUUGUUCAACUGAUAAAAUUUACGAAGUCCUUAAACAAGCUCAACAAAUUGGAAUGAUGAGUGAUUACCAUAGUUAUUUGGUGACUUCUUUAGACUUGCAUACUGUUAAUUUGGAUGAAUUCAAAUAUGGUGGAACAAAUAUUACUGGAUUUCGUUUGAUAAAUGCAAAAGUUGUUGAAGAUGUUGUGCGUCAGUGGUCGAUUGAUGAGAAGGGAAUUUCCAGACCAGCUAAUAUUACAACAAUUAAGGCUGAAACAGCUCUCAUGUACGAUGCUGUGCAUUUAUUUUCCAAAGCCCUACACGACUUGGAUACAAGUCAACAAAUCGACAUUCAACCAAUAUCAUGUGAUGGACAAAAUACUUGGCAACAUGGAUUCAGUUUAAUAAAUUAUAUGAAAAUUGUUGAAAUGAAAGGCCUCACCAAUGUUAUAAAAUUCGAUCAUCAGGGUUUUCGAACUGAUUUUAUAUUGGAUGUUGUUGACUUGGGUUCGACGGGGAUAAGAAAAAUCGGAACAUGGAAUUCAACAUUAUCCAAUGGUAUUAAUUUCACUCGAACAUUUAGUGAACAACAAAUGGAAAUUGAGGCAAAUCUCAAAAAUAAAACUUUAGUUAUCACAACAAUUUUGAGUGAUCCUUAUUGCAUGAGAAAAGAGUCGGCGGCUACACUUACAGGCAAUGAUCAAUUUGAAGGAUAUGCGGUAGAUCUUGUUUAUGAAAUAUCCAAGGCAUUGGGUUUUAGUUAUAAAAUUCAAUUAGUACCCGAUCAUGCCUAUGGUAGCUUGAAUAAAAAAACCGGUGAAUGGAAUGGUAUGAUCCGAGAGCUCCUGGAGCAACGUGCAGAUCUAGCAAUCGCUGAUCUUACAAUUACAUUUGAAAGAGAGAAUGCUGUCGACUUCACGAUGCCUUUCAUGAACCUCGGGGUAUCUGUUCUAUACCGAAAGCCUGUAAAGCAGCCGCCGAAUCUCUUUUCAUUUUUAUCACCGUUAUCAUUAGACGUUUGGAUUUACAUGGCAACAGCUUAUUUGGGUGUUUCUGUGCUCCUGUUUAUUCUAGCAAGAUUUACACCCUAUGAAUGGCCAGCUUAUACGGGCCAUGGAGAGAAAGAAGAGAGCCAAUUUACUUUGAUGAACUGCAUGUGGUUUGCUAUAGGAUCUUUGAUGCAACAAGGAUGUGAUUUUUUGCCAAAAGCUCUCUCAACACGAAUGGUAGCAGGAAUGUGGUGGUUUUUCACGUUAAUUAUGAUCUCUUCGUACACUGCCAAUUUGGCUGCUUUUUUGACUGUCGAACGUAUGGAUUCGCCAAUUGAGAGUGCCGAGGAUUUGGCAAAACAGACUCGAAUUAAGUAUGGGGCACUUAAAGGUGGCAGUACUGCAGCUUUUUUUAGGGAAUCAAAAAUAUCAACAUAUCAAAGGAUGUGGGGUUUUAUGGAGUCAGCAAGACCUUCGGUGUUUUCAUCGAGCAAUGGGGAAGGUGUGGAUCGUGUUAUUAAAGGAAAAGGAAGUUACGCAUUUUUGAUGGAAUCAACAUCAAUUGAGUAUGUUACAGAACGUAAUUGUGAUCUAACACAAGUUGGUGGAAUGUUGGACACAAAAGGCUAUGGAAUUGCAACCCCACCGAAUUCACCAUAUAGAACUGCUGUAAAUGGUGUAAUUCUUAAACUACAAGAAGAAGGUAAAUUGCAUAUUCUCAAAACAAAAUGGUGGAAGGAAAAACGUGGCGGAGGAAGUUGUAGAGUUGAGACUUCCAAGUCUACAUCUGCAGCUAAUGAGCUAGGUCUGGCUAAUGUUGGAGGAGUUUUCGUUGUAUUAAUGGGUGGAAUGGGCGUGGCGUGUGUAAUAGCUGUGUGUGAGUUUGUUUGGAAGUCACGAAAAGUUGCUGUAGAAGAGCGAUUAAGUGCAAUAUUACAUGAAUAGAAGCAGAUUACUUGGGAUUAAAAAUUCCAAGGUUGAUAAAAAAAAUUAAAGAAAAGUAACAUCGAUAAAUUUUGUUUUCUUAUAUAUAAAUUCUGACCACAUACCGAAUAAAAACUGCUCAAAAAAUAAUAUCUUUAGUCUUCUCUUUAAAUCUAAAAAAAAAAAACUUA